AUGUCUCUCUCCAAAGAGUAUACGCCAGGGGAUCUUGCAUUGCACAAGACAAAAACUGAUCUAUGGAUCGCCGUGCACGGGAAAGUUUACGAUGUUACCAGCUACGUCCGUGAUCAUCCUGGUGGAGCGGAUGUCCUUCGUGAUGUCGCCGGAACAGAUGCCACUGCCGCGUACGAGGAAGUUGGGCACUCUGAAGAUGCCGACGAGAUCUUGAAGACUUUUUUCAUCGGCACCCUUCAGGGUGGGAACAAAUUCACCAAGCCCAAGCCUGUUCGGGUCAUCCAGCAAUCAUCACCGCAGGUCAAAGAGAAGCCAUCAAGCACCACUGGUAGCAAGGUUGCAAUGACUUUCUGCUCGGUUGGUGGCUUCACCUUGUUGGCUUUCCUCCAUCACCGUGGCUAUCUUUGCCUCGGAAAGCUCGGUGCUUGGCUUUCUAAGAACUAUCCCAGCUGGAUAUACAGAAUUCCGAUCUCCAACCUGAGCUUUGGACGAGGCGAAUUCUCCAAUGGUUUCCUUACUGCCGCAAGUGUUGGUACAACUAUUGCUGCUGUCGUCGGAUCUAGAUUGAUGAAACUUAUUCAAAUCGAAUCUGGAUUUACCCGCUAUCCGUCACACUUCAAGAGCAAGCAACUUGCGAAAGUCGAUCCGCACCUAGUCCAAGGGUUCCUCGAGCCCAAGGAGUUCAAAGAGCUUCCGCUCAUUUCGAAAACACAGCUUGCACCAAGUGUAUACAGAUUCACCUUCGCACUUCCUCGUUCUACGGAUGUCAUUGGUCUUCCGAUCGGUCAGCAUGUGGCUAUCAAAGCCACCAUCAAUGGCCAGUCUGUUUCUCGAUCCUAUACGCCAACAUCGAACAACCUGGAUCUUGGUGUACUGGAAUUGGUGAUCAAGUGUUACCCAGAUGGUUUGCUUACAGGCUCAUAUCUUGCCAGCCUUCAGGUUGGGGACAAGGUCCUUUUCCGAGGCCCCAAGGGUGCCAUGAAAUACCGAAAGAACCUCUGCCAACACAUUGGCAUGAUCGCUGGUGGAACCGGCAUUACUCCAAUGUACCAACUCAUUCGUGCCAUUUGCGAAGACCAAACUGAUACCACGGAGAUCAGUCUGAUUUACGCCAACCGCACGGAGGAGGACAUUUUGUUGCGUGAGGAGCUGGAGAGAUUUGCUCGCCGAUACCCCAAAAACCUGAAGAUAUGGUACAUGCUAGACCAGCCUCCGCAAAAGUGGAAAUAUGGAAAGGGCUACGUGACACCACAGGUUAUGGCAGACAAAUUACCGGCGCCUUCUGCUGAUACAAAGAUCAUGCUAUGUGGACCACCUGGAAUGAUCAAUGCUUCGAAAAAGGCAUUGAGUUCUCUCGGAUUUCAAGCCCCGGGCUCUAUCUCCAAGAUGACCGAUCAGAUCUUUUGCUUUUAG